AUGUUCGAACGAAUGACUGGAAACGGCAAUGGAAACAAAAUGAAUAUGCGGAUCGUGAUUCUUGACGAGCUGUUGAAUCGCGAAAUGGAUGGAAGCAGCGAUGGGUCUUCUGCCAGGGUUUGUGGAAUUUCGUUUGUGGAAUUUGCAAAGAAGUUUUCAAAAGAUUGAAAUGACGAAUUUGAUGGGAUACAUUCGAAAAAAGGUUAUGUAUUUCUAAUAAUUCGAUUCAAUCUAACUUUGUUAGAACUUGUACGCACGUCAGAGCUUUUUUCUAGAGCUCACGAAUUUCAGGUGAACUCGUUGAAGCAGGUGAUCAGGCGUAACAAGCUUGACAUGGCCGAUGAUGCUCCGUCUUCGUUGGACUUGAUGAGACGGGUAAGACACGAAAACACGACAAAACCGUCGGAUGUAAUUCAGAUAUUUCAAAAUGAAAUUUCCCGUGAAAUUCAUCAAAUCAUGGAGCGUCAUACCAGAACCACGCUGAUGCCAGCCAUUGAAAACCUUCGCAGAAACGGACACGUAAGGCGUUGGAAACCAUUUCUCAAGUGUGCAUUCUCAAUGCAGGUUGUGGACGAAACUGUGCUUAACGGACUGUACUGUAACAUUCUGGAGGCAGCCAAAAAACCGUACUUGAAGGAGCCAGAGCCCGUUCCGCCAAUCUUCGUGAACGGAAACAGCUUCAUCGACAUUAAUAGUCAAGAGCACGAGAACAACUUGAAGGUUGGUUGAAUUAUCGGAAUUGGAAACGGAUUUCGAGUACAUUAGCGCGCAUAAAAAUCAGAACUGUUUCAAAGUCAAGAAAUUGCAGAGAGGAUAUGAGUCUGACAGCUCCGAUGUGUCCGGAGUCAGCCAUUGCUCCGAUGCAAAACGUCGUCGUGGUCGCCCACGCAAAGACGAGGAAGCGUACCGUCUGGAGAUGACUCCUCCGACGAUGAGCGAGGUUAUCCGUUGGAAUCCGGAUCGCAUCGAUUUGAACACUCGUUUCGUGACUGCCCAGAAAGUGGCGCACGUGCUCCAGAUCCCACCGUCUCUUCUCUUCAACAAGUAUCCACGCAUGUUCAGAGUAAGACCGUCUCUUUCUAAUCAGACCGUUCAUUAAUUACUUUCAGUAUUCGUGCGACGAGGACGACAAGAACAUUCUCCACGAUCAGAGCCGACUGAUUCGUGCGCCCGGUCGCUGCUAUCUUCUGAUCGCCGAAGACACCCGCCAACUGGUGGCCCCUUCUUACUUGUGAGUUUGAUGAAAAGCAAGAAAACGCGAAAGAAAACGGACGGAAGAGAUUAUCUUCGGAGCCUCCUCAUGGAUAAUGAUUGCUUUGGAUUUGUGUGCGCUCCAUCGGGCAGCACUUCCCGAAUAUACUUGAACAAGCAACGCCGAUUAAAAAAAGAAACAAUAAAUAACGAAUAUUCGAGAAAAAAUACAAGAAAAGAGAGAAAGAUUGAGAAAAACUAAACAAAUUUUGACAAAAUCAGAGAAAUAUGUUUAUAAAACUGUGCGAAAAACUUUUAUUGCAAGUUGUCCACGAGAAGUACACGGCGAGUUCAGCGUCAGCGAAAAAAGAUUACUGUAGGCUGUAAUAAAAAUUUCUCUAACGACUUCAUAAUAAAAAAUUUAAAUUUUCAGCCAGGAAAUCCUGAACCACUCGUUCCUAAUAUCGGAACCGUUGCUCUCGAAGAUCCGCCAGAAAGCUGCUCCGACUUUCGAAAAGUACAAAGUGUUCCUGCCUCCGCAAUCCGCCAGCUACCUUCUUUCCGAUUUCAAAUGA